GGCAUUCACUCCGUUCGCAUCGCAUCCCUUUUAGUUCCCCCCAUGAUCCUCGUCGCUUUCGCAGCACGCGCUCCAGUAUUAUCCCUGUGCAACCAUCAGCUCUGCUCUCGUACGUUAACGCUCCAAGUCAGCCGCUUGUGACCUUAUUUACACGAAAUCAAAACAAACAGCCAGACCCGAUCCCCUUGCCUGCCAUGCCGCCGUCCCCAGCAGCCACCUCCACUUCAUCGCGGCUUCGCACCGCGAUCGCGCAGUACGGACGGCUGGCGGUCGCCGUCCACAUCGGCGUGUCAACCGUCUCUUUUGCCGGCCUGUACCUCGCCAUCCGCAGCAGCUUCGACGUGGAAGGCUUGCUAAACAGAGUCGGUCUCCUCCCCUCGCCCACGCACCCUCCUUCUUCCGCAUCUCCAGCCGAUGCUGCUCCUCCCCCGACGUCUCAUUCCGCGGAUUCGUCAGAACGCAACACCGCGUUGUCAGGGAACGACCUAAGCUCGGCUGGUCUGCCGGAUUCCUCCUCUUCCGUAGCUGGCAGAAAGACCGAUCCAGGAUCAAGCACGGCGACCAGGGAGCACGCGAGAGCAGAGUCCUCUGGUGAAAUGUCAGGUGCUGUGAGGGAGGGGCCUGCUGGUGCAGGUACUACUCGAGCAAAUGUAGCCGUUGGGAGUGCAGGAGGCUCUGAGAGUGGAGGAGCAGCAGCGGCGGGUUUAAUAGGAAGUGGUGGUGCUUUGGCUGUGGCUUGGCUCUGCAACAAGGCUCUGAUUCCUGUCCGUGUGCCGAUCACCCUAGCGCUCACACCGCCCAUCGCUCGAUUCUUGACAGCAAGAGGCUAUAGGAUUUAGUUGCAGUCUUGGCCACUCUGCAGCUUGACGAAGGCCUAGCUGGCCACAAGCAUGUGUCAUCACAACCAAAGAUGACCAUGUUACUUGUCUCUUGAUAGAUUGAUCCAUGUGUACUAUUAUAGGGCCUCUGAAGGGAAUCAAUCCCCAAAUCAUGUCCUCGUGGAAGGCCGCAUGUUGGUUUUGAAGACUC